CCCUUCACUUUAGAUAUCUGUGGAUAACACUCUCUCUCUCUCUACUUCUUGAAAUGUACCAGUCCCUUCAAAAUAGGAAAAAUAUCUGUUUCCUUCACUCCACUCCACUCCAAUCCACUUCACUCUCCCUACUAUUCUAUUUCCCCUUCCAAACAUAUUUCAAGUUUUUGUCUUAUCCGCAGUCCUAUACAAUUUUAUAUUUCUCUUUACUUCAAUAUCGAUCAUAACUACCUCUUAUAUAUAUAUAUUGUAAUGUCCUUUUAAUUUAUCUCUAUCCUAUUUUAGUAGAAAAAAGAAGCAAGAAAAAUGCAUUGUACCCAAUAUCAUCAAUAUUAUCCCUCUCUUCCUUGCUUGCAGUGCCAACCUCAAACCUACAUCCGAAUGGUUCAGCAAUUGAUAGAAAGGUGCCUGCUUCUUCAAAUGGACCAAGACCAAUGCGUACAAACGCUUGCCCAUCACGCCAACAUACCACCUCCUAUAACACUCACAGUAUGGGGAGAGUUGCUAAAGGAGAACAGGGACUUCUUCAGAAUAUAUCUCCCUUCCAUUUCUCCGAAUUCUUCCUUCUCUGCUGGGAGAUUUCUUCCAAGGAGAUCACCCUGGUCCGUAUCGAGAAGGAACUAGUACUGCUUCAUACCUAAAAUAUAUAAUAUAU